AUGUAUUUUGUGGGUGCUAGAUUGACUCAAUUCACACAGUCUGCUCUGCUGGCUGCUGAGGUUGAUGUGGAGAAGGUGGUGGUCAGUGAGUGUAGCCAUCGUGUGGUGAUGUCACCCACCCUGAGACCUGAAGUACUGUUAUCCUAGCCCAACCAAGAUCAUGGUUUUGGUAUGAUAAUGGCUGCUGCUUUUUGGAAAUGAAGUGCUGUUGUGUGCAGGGGUUGCAUCCAUACAGGGAUUGUUACACCCACACCAAUGAUCAAGGACUGCAGCUGCAAAUCUGUGCAAUAUCAUCAGACAAAAUGAGAGUGAGUGACAGCCAAAUAAAACAGACAAACAGGGAAUGUUCAGUGACCAAAAAAUGCACUAUAUAUAAUUCAAAGAAUCAACACUAUUUAAUAUCAUACAAAGAAUGCCUAUUUAAAUGGUUAGUGGGUAUAGACAUUCAUCUUACUCCAAAACAAGAGAUGAGUGAAUAAUUAAAUGAAUAGUGUCUAAUACAAAUGAUAAGCAGAAUGUCAGGGCUGGGCUGGAACAGAAACCUGCACACCCAGUAGCUUGAUCUCUUGGAGCAAGGUUCGCCAUGCAUGUUCUAGGUCUAUGCAUUGUUACUUUCAACAGUAUUUUUGUAGUCCUACAACCAAUUAUAACAGUAAACCAGUAGCAUAUAUAACCCAUUGGUGAUAUACCCUUCAGUCUCUCCAAGACUUGGGACUUUCUUUGGGACCAUCAGCAGACAGGGUUUAUCACCUUUCACAAAAACUUUACCUUUUUCAAAUGCAAUUUUCUUGUCUGCUUGUUUUAGUCAAUUACAAAACUACAUUUUAAGAAAAGUACAACAUGUCUAAAGAUUACUUUUCAACAUUGCCUGUUCCCUAGCGUUAGAAAAUAAAACGUAAUAUUGCAGGGCUUCCCUCUUUCCCCUUUUCAUGACGAUGCUAGCAGCCACGUGAGUGAGUGUUAGCUAGCUACCGACCGGAACAUUAAGCUAGCCAAGACCAACAACACAAAACAAACAGACUAUACAGCUACAAGUAGUGAGUGGUAGUUACAAACGGACUGUACUAAACAAGUUAAAUGUCUUACCUGUGAUGAUACCGGGUCCCAGCAUUACCCACUCUCCCACACUGAAUAGCCUGAAGCCACAGGACUCUUCUCACAGGCUCCAUUUCCCUAUGUGGGAGCAAUGCGAACCGUAGGUGGAGAUUUUUCACCUGGUUAUAUGUACAUUGAACAACACAGCAGCUUUUUGGCAUGUUUUGUUAUUUCUGUAUAACAAAAAAUCAACAACGAAGUUGGCUCUUUUAAAGAAUGUUUGUUUUCCCCAAUUUGUGUGCGUGGUCGAGGGGAAUUCCAUUUAGCCUCAUUGCUAAAUGUGUAGAAUAGCAAUUAGUUAUAAAAUUACAGUGCACGAAACUGCGGUACGCCACUGCGCGCACACACACACACAUUAGUAGUGCAGUUUGGACCAAUGUGACUAGUUGCCUGAUUGCCACCUAUUGGAGAGCACAAUGUGGAUGUGAGGUCAAAUACAGCCAUUAGAGACGGUCACCACCACCAAGUGACUCUCCUCACCCAUCCUGAUCACUAGAAAUAUACUUUUAUUUCGGACGUUUGAAAAGGUCCUGAGAACGUCGAUAUACAGUGCAUUCAGAAAGUAUUCAGACCCUUUUGACUUUUUCCACAUUUUGUAACAUUACAGCCUUAUUCUAAACUUGAUUAAAUUGUUUUUUUCCCUCAUCAAUCUACACACAAUACCCCAUAAUGUCGAAGCAAAACGUUCUUUCAUACAUUUGUGCAAAUUUAUGUAAAUGUGAUAUUUCAGUUUUUAAUUUUUUCUAAGUAUUCAGACCCUUUACUCAGUACUUUGUUUAAGGAACUGGCAGCGAUUACAGCCUCGAGUCGUCUUGGGUAUGACGCUACAAGCUUGGCACACCUGUAUUUGGGGAGUUUCUCCCAUUGUUCUCUGCAGAACCUCUCAAGCUCUGUCAGGUUGGAUGGGGAGCGUCGCUGCACAGCUAUUGUCAGGUCUCUCCAGAGAUCGGGUUCAAGUCCGGCCUCUGGCUGGGCCACUCAAAGACAUUCAGAGACUUGUCCCGAAGCCACUAAUGCGUUGUCUUGGCUGUGUGCUUAGGGUCGUUGUCCUGUUAGAAGGUGAACCUUUGCCCCAGUCUGAGGUCCUGAGCGCUCUGGAGCAUGUUUUCAUCAAGGAUCUCUCUGUACUUUACUUCGUUCAUCUUUCCCUCGAUCCUGACUGGUCGACCAGUCCCUGCCGCUGAAAAACCUCCCCACAGCAUGAUGCUGCCACCACCAUGCUUCAACAUAGGGAUGGUGCCAGGUUUCCUCCAGACGUGACGCUUGAAGUUCAGGCCAAAGAGUUCAAUAUUGUUUUCAUCAGACCAGAAUAACUUGUUUAUCAUGGUCUGAGAGUCCUUUAGGUAAACUCCAAGUGGGCUGUCAUGUGCCUUUUACUGAGGAGUGGCUUCAGUCUGGCCACUACCUUAAAGGCCUGAUUGGUGGCGUGCUGCAGAGAUGGUUGUCCUUCUGGAAGGUUGUCCCAUCUCCACAGAGAAACGCUGGAGCUCUUUCAGAGUGACCAUUGGGUUCUUGGUCACCUCCCUGACCAAGGUCCUUCUCCCCCGAUUUCUCAGUUUGGCCAGGCGGCCAGCUAUCUUGGUGGUUCCAAACUUCUUCCAUUUAAGAAUGAUUGAGGCCACUGUGUUCUUGGGGACCUUCAAUGCUGCAGACAUUUAUUGAUACCCUUCCCGAGAUCUGUGCCUCGACACAAUCCUGUCUUGGAGCUCUACGGACAAUUCCUUCGACCUCAUGGCUUGGUUUUUGCUCUGACAUGCACUGUCAACUGUGGGACCUUAUAUAGACAUGUGUGUGAGUGUGCCUUUCCAAAUCAUGUCCAAUCAAUUGAAUUUACCACAGGUGGACUCCAAUCAAGUUGUAGAAACAGCUCAAGGAUGAUCAAUGGAAACAGGAUGCACCUGAGCUCAAUUUCAAGUCUCAUAGCAAAUGUUCUGAAUACAUGUUUAUUUUUUAUACAUUUGCAAACAUUUCUAAAAACCUGUUUUCACUUUGUCAUUAUGGGGUAUUGUGUGUAGAUUUGAUGAGGAAAAAAAUACAUUUAAGCAAUUUUAGAAUAAGACUGUAACAUAACAAAACGUGGAAAAAGGGAAGGGGUCUGAAUACUUUCCGAAAUGCACUGUAGGCCUUCCUCAGCGCUCAGGAAAAAAUUGAAAAAUUACUGCCCAGCACUGGGCGCAAACUCGGGAUGCUCAGAGCCGAAGUGCCCUGCUCAGACCACUGCGCCACCACAGUUCACAAUGCUCUAGCAAGCCGUGAGAAUACUUGAUGGUAAUAGCGCGUCGUUUUUUAAUUAUUUAGUUUUAAGCCUUCCCCAAACCAUUGCCCUAACCUUAACCACUUGGAGUUAAUGCAUUAACUGUUAACAUUUGAGUUGCUUCUGUUUUAACCCUGUAACCACACAGAAUGAUUGCAUCAAAAAUAAUGUUCAUCCAUAAAACGUCAAAUUCCGGAGGGAAACUAUCAGAUCGUGUUGCCUCACCACCAUUUAACAUCAAACCACAGAGGGUUAUAAAGCUGCUUUUACUCAGCAAUCACAAUGAGGAUUUCUCUCUCCCCUUAUUUCUCUACGUCUCUCUCCCAGUGUAAUUUCCUAAUGGCAUGUCAGGUGGUGUGUCCAUCUGUCAAGGGAUGAAGUUUUAGGGGUGUCGUGUGGGUUAGUGUUUGCUAUGUAAGUGUAUGCAUGCUUGUGUGGGCUGACACAAGAAGAGGGGCUGUGGUAUUCCAAUCCACGCACACACACUCUCUGUUCCCAGCUCCUUACCUGACAGAGAGAGCGAGAAAGGGAAAGAAUUAACAGAGAAAUAAAUAGCUGAAUAAUUGAAAGUAAAAGAAAUGCUCUCUUCAGCAGACAGGUAUUUUAAUCAGUGUCUCGCUGUGCUCUUUGCUCCUCAGGCACAUUUAUGAUAAACUGCAUCCUGAGCUGGGAGAUGAGAUUUGACUCUAAUUUGCAAUGAUAGGCCUGCAUAACAUCAGCCGUGUGUGUGUGUCAUCCCUACCUGGUCAUGAUGAGCAGUCUGACUGUGUGGAUCAGUGGGGAGCUGAAAGCCUGUCACGGUAACACAGAACUCCAGUAAAACCAAAGGCCUCCUUUAAUAGAAUGAUGGAUGAGAUGUUUGCAAUAAAUCUCAAGGGAUUUAGUCAGUGUGUCUCCAGUCUGUCUGGCUUUGUAUAUGCAAGGGACAUAGACUGGAAUCACACCAGAAUGUGUAUCUACCAGUGUGUGUUUGUCACUUUGGCUUGUCUCUCUCAUACCAUCCCUCCACAGAGUAUUUCUGUCCUUUUCUAUCUUACUAUUUUCACCUCUCUCUUUCUCAACCUCUCUUUUCUGGAUGUGUCCGUGCUAUCAGUCAGAGAUUAUCAACAAUAUGCUAAGUUUUAAUAUCUUUCCAUCUCCUCUCUCCCUCUGUCCUCUCUUCUCUCUCUCUUUUUCUCUCAUCUCCCGCUCCUUUCUCCAUCUUUCCUCUCUUUCCCUCCCUCCCCUCUCUCUCUCUCUCUUUCUCUUUCUCAGGAUGAUAACUGGGGGGAGACCACCACGGCGGUAACCGGCACCUCAGAGCUCAGUCUAUCCCAGGAGGAGGUGGUUGGUCUGUGGAAGGGACCGGAGGACGGUCAGGGGCAGGGAUGUCGGAGCUACACUCCCCUGGUUCUGGGCUUCUGUGUGGGGCUACUGGUCCUGGCCACCCCCCUGGCAUUCCUGGUCCUCCCGGCAGUGCUGUGGCCGGCUAGGCUGCAGGCCUGUGGCUCUGCCUGUGAGGGCCUCUUCCUCUCUGUGUCCUGUAAACUCCUCAUUCUUCUGCUUGCUGUUUGGGCUAUCUUCCUGCGCCAGGCCAGUGCCAGCCUGCCCAGAGUGUGUGUGUACCGUGCUCUCCUGGCCACGCUCACACUACUACUCACACUCUCCUACUGGUUGUUCUAUGGGGUCCGCAUCCUCGACUCACAGGUGUGUAUGAUUCAUAAUUGUGCGCGUGCGUGCGUGUGUGUGUGUGUGUGUGUGUGUGUGUGUGUGUGUGUGUGUGUGUGUGUGUUAAUCCUGUGUUGUGUAUUCUCCAGGAUGAGGACUACCAAGGUAUCGUCCAGUUUGCUGUGUCUCUGGUGGACUCUCUGCUGUUUGUCCACUACCUGGCCAUCGUACUGCUGGAGAUCAGACAUCUCCAGCCCUGCUACAGCCUGUGUGUUAUACGCUCCACUGACGGAGAGACACGCUGCUACAACCUGGGACAGCUCAGGUAAUACACACACACAAGCACACAACAAUCUCUUGCUAAAAUGGUGCUGCUAACCGUAGCGACGUCAUUCUUCUACCAGCAAUAUGAAGAUUAAGAUCACUUUAUUCACAUUAAGGUCCAACCGAAAUGUUACUUCCACUUGAACUCAGUCUGUCUGUAUACAACAAGGAGGGAACUGAAUGGUGUGGCCCUGAUGAAUUGAGAAACCUUGUUGUGUCCCUUGAUGCCACUAAGCAGAAGCCAGUCAGCUGAUCAAUCAGAUAGCAGAAACAUUUACAGACAAUCAGACUAUUAGAGAAUGCCUUUAGAAUGCCCCCUCCCCCCCACACACACACAUACAGUACAAGCUCACACACAGUACACACACGCAUACACACACACACACGACUGCCCUGUUGAACUGUGGGUAAUUGGAGACUCAUGUUCAGGGGGAAGCGUGGCAGUAAUUUACUUACUAAAUCACCCAGAAUGCUCCAGUCCAGUCCUUUCGCUCUAGGGUGCUAUUCUGGGAAUUAGGUGGGCUGGGCCUAAGAAAGGGGGGCUUUGAUACAGUAUGGUGAAUUUACCUUCCAGACACUGAUCUACAGUCAGAUUUGGCAUUUUCUUCAUAACUGUUCAGGAUUUAUGGAGAGUAAACUGAUCUUAGAUCUGUGCCUUAGGACAACUUCUACCCAGAGCUGUCUCUCUUAUCAAAAGCAUAUGGUUUAAAGGCCCAGUGCAAUCAAAAACAUGAUUUUCCUGUGUUUUAUAUAUAUUUCCACACUAUGAGGUUGGAAUAAUACUGUUAAAUUGUGAAAAUUAUGAGAAUGCCCUUUGGGCCUUCCAUGGUGAAAUUGCUCUUAAUUGUUACCCAGAAAUGAUUUGAUAUUGAGAUAAAAACGGCUGCAUUGGACAUUAAAUAUUCUCAACAGUACUUCUGAAGUAUUAGACACUGCUGCAGAAAUUAGGGAUGGGGGUUUGAAAAAAAAUCACUAUUUCAAUGAUAUCAUGAAUUUUUGUCGGAUAUUCAAAAAACAUUUAGUUUUUUUAUACUUUAAAACUUUUUUAAAAGAGAGGCUGGCACUCUAUUGCUGCAGCUGCGGAGGGGGCAGUGUGUGAGAUGGGCGCGAGCAGACAGCGUGAGGGACGCCAAGGCAACUCGGCUACAGCCAAGACUAGCCAACUUGUAGCAGCCACAACGUUAUUUAUCAUCCCAUAUAACAGUGUCUGUCUUGACUGGAGUGGUCUAGAGAAGCUAACAAGCUAAGCUAGCCAGCUAUAGCUAGCCAGGCUAAUUGAGGCCACAUGCUUCGCUUUCUCCCCAACCCCAUUCAGAUAAAAUAGCCUACCUGUUGGUUGGUCAUUGUAGCCUACUCCUUCUCAUUUCGCUAACUUUUAAUUCUUUAAUUUUAUUCAAUUUUGCAUUGCAUAAGUGAACUCUCACUCCACUACACAUUGAGCCUCUUUGUCGCUUUGAUUGGCCAACAUCAACAAAAAGCUACACACAUGAAGGCUACCGGUCUAUUUAUGGGGCGCUCUGUGCACCUUGUUGUUUUAUGAAAUUAAUCAUUUGAAUGAAUACUCACACAAGUAUUUGAAUACUAACGUCCGUCAGAUAUUUGAAUAACCGUGCUGAUCCCUAGCAGAAAGGUUAGCUAAGUGUACAUAGAUUUGACCAGGCAUUGAUACAGUAUAUGUGUGGUUCUAUCUCUCUAUGCUGCCUCACCUCUAGCCUCUCUGUCUGAUACUGACUGAUCUCCUGUAGAAAGGCCUGAGACUGGAGGACAGUUGAAAGCAGGGAACGCUGUAUAACGUAGCCCUGGUCUGCAGUAGUCUGGUCUGGGGGAGUAGUGUAGAUAUGAGGCAUGCUGCUCAGUAAGAGCUAUUUAUCAGGUGAAUCAAAUUAGCAGGGACAAUAAUGGACUUAUUUUCUGACCUUCUUUUAUAAUAGAUCUAUCUGUUUUCUCUCCCCUCCUACCCCUUUAUGGCCUUUUCGCUCUCGCUCUCUCGCUCUCGCUCUCGCUCUCUCUGUCUCUGUCUCUGUCUCUGUCUGUCUCAGUGUUCAGAGGGCAGCUCUGUCUCUGCUAGAGUUCUACUACAGAGACUUCCCUCUUCAUAACCCCGCCCUUCUCUCCGCCUCCAAGCACCGUGCCGCCAAGCAUCUGGCCGGCCUCAAGGUCUACAUCGUGGAUGGUUAGUACAGCUACAGAUUCUGUGUUUCUUCAAUGGUUUUCUUCAAUGGUUACGUUUGAUUUGUGUCCCUGUAUGUGUCAUCCAACUUCCAAUCAUCUCUCUUUUCCUCUUUGUAAUUGCAUCUUAAAGUGCAACUCUGUCUCUUUCAUUCUUUCUCUUUCUCGCUCUACCUGUCUCUCCAUUCUCUCAGCUGUCUGUCCACUGUAUUUGUCUAUGUACAGUGGGGAAAAAAAGUAUUUAGUCAGCCACCAAUUGUGCAAGUUCUCCCACUUAAAAAGAUGAGAGAGGCCUGUAAUUUUCAUCAUAGGUACACGUCAACUAUGACAGACAAAAUGAGAAAAGGAUUUUUUAAUGAAUUUAUUUGCAAAUUAUGGUGGAAAAUAAGUAUUUGGUCAAUAACAAAAGUUUCUCAAUACUUUGUUAUAUACCCUUUGUUGGCAAUGACACAGGUCAAACGUUUUCUGUAAGUCUUCACAAGGUUUUCACACACUGUUGCUGGUAUUUUGGCCUAUUCCUCCAUGCAGAUCUCCUCUAGAGCAGUGAUGUUUUGGGGCUGUCGCUGGACAACACGGACAUUCAACUCCCUCCAAAGAUUUUCUAUGGGGUUGAGAUCUGGAGACUGGCUAGGCCACUCCAUGACCUUGAAAUGCUUCUUACGAAGCCACUCCUUCGUUGCCCGGGCGGUGUGUUUGGGAUCAUUGUCAUGCUGAAAGACCCAGCCACGUUUCAUAUUCAAUGCCCUUGCUGAUGGAAGGAGGUUUUCACUCAAAAUCUCACGAUACAUGGCCCCAUUCAUUCUUUCCUUUACAAGGAUCAGUCGUCCUGGUCCCUUUGCAGAAAAACAGCCACAAAGCAUGAUGUUUCCAACCCCAUGCUUCACAGUAGGUAUGGUGUUCUUAGGAUGCAACUCAGCAUUCUUUGUCCUCCAAACACGACGAGUUGAGUUUCUACCAAAAAGUUCUAUUUUGGUUUCAUCUGACCAUAUGACAUUCUCCCAAUCCUCUUCUGGAUCAUCCAAAUGCACUCUAGCAAACUUCAGACGGGCCUGGACAUGUACUGGCUUAAGCAGGGGGACACGUCUGGCACUGCAGGAUUUGAGUCCCUGGCGGCGUAGUGUGUUACUGAUGGUAGGCUUUGUUACUUUGGUCCCAGCUCUCUGCAGGUCAUUCACUAGGUCCCCCCGUGUGGUUCUGGGAUUUUUGCUCACUGUUCUUGUGAUCAUUUUGACCCCACGGGGUGAGAUCUUGCGUGGAGCCCCAGAUCGAGGGAGAUUAUCAGUGGUCUUGUAUGUCUUCCAUUUCCUAAUAAUUGCUCCCACAGUUGAUUUCUUCAAACCAAGCUGCGUACCUAUUGCAGAUUCAGUCUUCCCAGCCUGGUGCAGGUCUACAAUUUUGUUUCUGGUGUCCUUUGACAGCUCUUUGGUCUUGGCCAUAGUGGAGUUUGGAGUGUGACUGUUUGAGGUUGUGGACAGGUGUCUUUUAUACUGAUAACAAGUUCAAACAGGUGCCAUUAAUACAGGUAACGAGUGGAGGACAGAGGAGCCUCUUAAAGAAGAAGUUACAGGUCUGUGAGAGCCAGAAAUCUUGCUUGUUUGUAGGUGACCAAAUACUUAUUUUCCACCAUAAUUUGCAAAUAAAUUCAUUAAAAAUCCUACAAUGUGAUUUUCUGGAUUUUUUUUCCUCAAUUAGUCUGUCAUAGUUGACGUGUACCUAUGAUGAAAAUUACAGGCCUCUCUCAUCUUUUUUAGUGGGAGAACUUGCACAAUUGGUGGCUGACUAAAUACUUUUUUCCCCCACUGUAUGUGCUUCGUUGUGAUGCUAUCUCUCUAUCUACUCUCCCAUGCCACCCUAAGCAAUGUUUAAAGCUAAACUGAGAGCUUACCUUUUGGAAUAUGACAGUAAGUAAAGCUGGGUAAAGAUUAUUCUGUGUGUCCUCACACUUUUCACUAGUGUACACUACUAACCUAGUGUACACUACUAACCUCACUCAUCACUUCCCUUCCCUCACCCACAAUGUUUGCACUGCUUCUAUGCAUGCACACACAGAUACAUACCAAUCUAACCACUUCUUUCAUUCACCAGAUAUGCUACACACACACACACACACACACACACACACACACACACACAGGCACCGACUGCCCCUGGAGGCCUUGGGUGUUCCCAACUCAGUGCGAGACCACUUUUAUGGUUCUUCUCUAUGGUCUUUGUUGUGGAGUUUGGUAGAGGAGUAUGCUGGUACGGUGUCCUCACAGAACCCUCCCACCCUCCCCUUGUCAAAGUAUGGGAUGGGUGAGGGGAUGGGGAGAGAGGGCUUCAGAGGGUUUGGCAUUUCAGCCUUUCAAUAAUUCAUCACAGUAACUUACUCUGCACAUUCCCCUGCAAUCUCUCUCUUUCUUUCUCUCUCUCUCUCUACCCUCUCUCUCUUUCUCUACCCUACCCCUCUUGCUCUCUAAUUCUCUACCCUACCUCUCUCUUUCUCUACCCUACCUCUCUCAUUCUCUACCCUACCUCUCUUUCUCUACCCUACCUAUCUUUCUCUACCCUACCUCUCUCAUUCUCUACCCUACCUCUCUCUUUCUCUACCCUUCCUCUACCCUUCCUCUCUCGUUCUCUACCCUACCUCUCUCAUUCUCUACCCUACCUCUCAUUCUCUACCCUACCUCUCUUUCUCUACCCUACCUCUCUUUCUCUACCCUACCUCUCUUUCUCUACCCUACCUCUAAUUCUCUACCCUACCUCUCUAAUUCUCUACCCUACCUCUCUCAUUCUCUACCCUACCUCUCUUUCUCUACCCUACCUCUCUCAUUCUCUACCCUACCUCUCUCAUUCUCUACCCUACCUAUCUUUCUCUACCCUACCUCUCUCAUUCUCUACCCUACCGCUCUCAUUCUCUACCCUACCUCUUUCUCUACCUUCCUCUACCCUUCCUCUCUAAUUCUCUACCCUACCUCUCUCAUUCUCUACCCUACCUCUCUCAUUCUCUACCCGACCUCUCUUUCUCUACCCUACCUCUCUUUCUCUACCCUACCUCUCUUUCUCUACCCUACCUCUAAUUCUCUACCCUACCUCUCUUUCUCUACCCUACCUCUCAUUCUCUACCCGACCUCUCUUUCUCUACCCUACCUCUCAUUCUCUACCCUACCUCUCUUUCUCUACCGUACCUCUCUUUCUCUACCCUACCUCUCUUUCUCUACCCGACCUCUCUUUCUCUACCCUACCUCUCUCAUUCUCUACCCGACCUCUCUUUCUCUACCCUACCUCUCUCUUUCUCUACCCUACCUCUCUCUCUUUCACUCACCCUAUCUAUCUUUAUCACUUUCACUCUCCUCUCUCUCUCAUCUCUCUUUCUCUACCCUACCUCUCUACCUAUCUUUAUCACUUUCUCCUCUCUCCUCUCUGUCUGUCUCUCUCUCUCCGUCUGUCUCUCUUUCUCUCUCUCUCUCUCUGUCUCUGUCUCUGUCUGUCUCGCGCUCUCUCGCUCUCUCCUUCUCUGAGUGUGUUCUCCAGUCAAGUCAGAAGUUGAAGUGUUUCUGUAGGCAAGCAAAGUGGGUCUUUAGGGCUGCUAGUGUUUUUAAACAGCCCACAUCUUUCCACUCCAGAUCUGCCCUAAUGGAACUCACCCAUAUUUAUUUUGGGCGAUUUAGAAAGAAUAGGAAUGCAGAACAUUUCAUAAAACAUGUAUUUUUCAAACGGAAACAGGCUGUGCUAAACAAGCGUGUGCUUCGUUCACCCUUACACACAUACACAUGCGCGCACACACACACACAUACACACCUUGGUGUUAAUGAUUAAUUGAUUCAUCUCUCUUGACCUGUAUCUGCCGGGGUUACUGUACUGAACUCCCCUCAUACCCACAUAUCGCUCAUGAAUAUGGACCAGAUUCCACUACUCCAUAUUCAUAUAUCCCAGGAACCCUUAUUUAUGCUUUUACUACUUCUGGGUUAGUUAUUGGUAUUCACCAUAGAGAGAUGUGAAUUAUAUAAUCAAACUGGUAUUAUUGUAUUUUAUUUGAUGAAUAUGUACUAGCCUGGUAGCCAGAUGUGUUAGUUUCUGCUUUAGCUAACUCUGUUGUUAUUUGGCAGAUGGCUAAACCAUAUAAUCAGCUGUGACUACCAAGCUGAAUAUUUCAUCAGUCUCACAGUGAAAGGAUUUGAACUGUAAAACUGCCUGAUGAGAUUUUUAGAUUUAGAAUCCUCACUGAGAUCUGUGUUUCCCCCGGGUUGAUAUGCUGAUUGGGCCACACAGUGACCUUCCGAUUAUGCCUCUGUGCUUCCUGUUCGUAGGCCCAGGGAACCCGGCGGGGCCGGCAGAGGGGUCGGGGGGACUGCAGGUGGGGGGUAAGUCUCGGGCCAUGAUCUCUGCAGCAGCCAGGCACAGAGACACCACUCACAACGAGCUUUACUACGAAGAGGCAGACUAUGACCGACGGGUCCGCAAACGCAGAGCCAGGUGAGAGAAAGAGAGUGCAAGAAAGAAGGAUGAAAGAUACAUAGGUACAGUGCCUUCAGAAAGUAUUCAUACCCCUUGACUAAUUCCACAUUGUUGUUACCUGAAUUCAAAAUGGAUUAAAUCAUUUUUUUUCACCCAUCUACACACAAUACCCCAUAACAACAAAGUGAAAACAUGUUUUUAGAAAUCAUAGCAAAUGUAUUGAAAAUGAAAACAGCAAUAUCUCAUUUAGAUACGUUUUGACACCCCUGAGUCAAUACAUGUUUCAGCUGUGAGUCUUUCUGGGUACGUUUUUAGGAGCUUUGUACACCUGGAUUGUACAAUAUUUGUACAUUUAUUUUUAUAUUCUUCAAGCUCUGUCAAGUUGGUUGUUGAUCAUUGCCAUAGAUUUUCAAGCCAAUUUAAGUCAAAAUUGUAACUAGGCCAGUCAUUCAAUGUCGUCUUGGUAAGCCACUCCAGUGUAUAUUUGGCCUUGCGUUUGAGGUUAUUGUCCUGCUGAAAGGUGAAUUUGUCUCCCAGUGUCUGUUGGAAAGCAGACUGAACCAAGUUUUUCUCUAGGAUUUUGCCUGUGCUUAGCUCUAUUCUGUUUGUUUUUGUCCUAAAACACUCCCUAGUCCUUGCCGAUGACAAGCAUACCCAUAACAUGAUGCAGCCACCACCAUGCUUGAAGAUAUGAAGAGUGGUACUCAGUAAUGUGUUGUGUUGGAUUUUCCCCAAACAACGUUUUGUGUUCAGGACAUAAAAUCCAAUUAUUUGCAUAUUUUUUUUGCAGUUUUACUUUAGUACGUUGUUUCAAACAGGAUGUAUGUUUUGGAAUAUUUGUAUUCUGUACAUGCUUCCUUCUUUUCACUCUGUGUCAUUUAGGUUAGUAUUGUGGAGUAACUAUAAUGUUGUUGAUCCAUCCUUAGUUUUCUUCUAUAAUAGCCAUUAAACUCUGUAACUGGUUUAAAGUCACCAUUGGCCUCAUGGUGAAAUCCCUGAGCGAUUUCCUUCCUCUCUGGCAACUGAGUUAGGAAAGACGCCUUUAUCUUUAUAGUGACUGGGUGUAUUGAUACACCAUCCAAAGUGUAAUUAAUAACUUCACCAUGCUCAAAGGGAUAUUAAAUGUCUGCUUUUUUUUACCCAUCUACCAAUAGGUGCCCUUCUUUGUGAGGCAUUGGAAAACCUCCCUGGUCUUUGUGGUUGAAAUUCACUGCUUGACUGAGGGACCUUACAGAUAAUUGUAUGUGUUGGGUACAGAGAUGAGGUAGUCAUUCAACAAUCAUGUUAAACAGUAUUAUUGCACACAGAGUGAGUCCAUGCAACUUAUUAUGUGACUUUUUAAACACAUUUUUACUACUGAACUUAUUUAGGCUUGCCAUAACAAAGGGGUUGAAUACUUAUUGACUCAAGACUUUUCAGCUUUUCAUUUAAUUAAAUUUGUAAAAAAUUGUAAAAACAUAAUUCCACUUUGACAUUAUGGGGUAUUGUGUGUAGGCCAGUGACAUUUUCAAUUUAAUCAAUUUUAAAUUCAGGCUGUAACACAACAAAAUGUGGAAAAAGUAAAGGGGUGUGAACACUUUCUGAAAGCGCUGUAUGAUGCUUAAUGCAAGGGUUUAAAAUAGAGAUGAGGGUAUACAUAGAUGGACUUGUCAUGUGUGUUUUUAUAACCUGUAGGAUGUAAGAACAGAUGAAUGUACAGUAGUAUACUGAAUGUUGUGUGUACAUUGCUGUAAUAGAUGUUUUAUUGUCAUACACCGGAUAGGUGCAGAGAAAUGUUGUUUUACAGGGUUAGCCAUAGUAGGACGGCGGCCCUAGAGAAAAUUAGGGGCCUAGAGAAAAUUAGGGUUAAGUGCCUUGCUCAUGGUCACAUCGGUAGAUUUCUCACCUUGUCGUCUCAGAUAUUCAAACCAACGUCCUUUCGGUUACUGACCCAACGUUAGGAUAGUAAUGUUAGGGUGUAAGAAAAGAUGAAUGUACAGUAUACUGAAUGUUGUGUCUGUGUGUACAUUGCUGUAACGUUAGGCUGGUGGUGGCUGUGGAGGAGGCCUUCAUGCAUGUGAGGCGGAUGCAGCAGGAGGAGCAGGAAGCGUCCCCCGGGGAUGUGAUGGACGUACGGGAGGCGGCCCUGGCCAUCUUCCCCUCCAUGGCCCGCGCCCUGCAGAAAUACCUCCGAACCACCAAGAGGCAGCACUGCCACAGCAUGAACAGCAUCCAGAGACACCUGGCCUUCUGCCUCAAACACAACAUGAGCCCCAAGGUAAGCAAGAAUCAACCUCUCAACCCAUUAGCCCUGCUCUAGUGCCAAGUCAGUCCCCAUCCCCGGCCUAACACAAUACUCUUCAUGAUGACCCCUCAGUUGAGCUUCCUAAAAGAAAAAUGGAUAGGGAUUGAUUUGGAACUGGGCAAGUAUGACCAGCAUUGGAGGCAUGUCCACAAGCUACUUAUAUUAUGUCCUUACAACUGUGUCAGCUAUUCUGAAAUGUGUUGUGUGUGUCUGUGUGUGUGUUCAGGCAUUCCUGGAGGCCUACCUGUCCCCUGGUCCUACGCUGCAGUACGGUCAAGAGCGCUGGAUGGCCGGUCAGUGGACUCUGGUCAGCGAGGCUGCGGUCACCAGCGGUCUAAAGGAGGGCAUGGUCUUCUCACUUAGGUGUCUAGACUUCAGCCUAGCGGUCGCGGUCAAGUCCAUCCCCUACAUUCAAAUGACCGAGGAGUACGUCGACCCCAAGUCACACAAGUUUACCCUGUGUCUCCAAUCUGAAACAUCAGUCUAA